AUGAAUAAUCAAAAUUCAAUUUCAAAACCAGCUGUUAUUAAACAACCAUCAUCAUCUGUAUCAACUAAACAAAAAAAUAAAAUGCUCGAUAAUGACAAUAAACAAUAUAAGACAAAUGAAGAAAAUAUUAAUCAUAAUUCUAGUGAAACAACACCAACAAUUGACAGUCCUUCGACAACAAGUAAUGACAAGGAAACAAAAGAAAACGAAUUAAUAAUCUAUGAAUUUCAUUUUCCUAUUGAACUUUGUGGUCGUCUUAUUGGUCGACAAGGUGUUCAUGUUGAUUAUAUACGACAAAUGGCACAAGUUGAUUUAGUUGUACGAGAUGAUGCUAUUUCUUAUGAAAAACAAGUUGUUGCUUUACAUGGUCGUCGAGUUGAUGUUGCACAAGCUAUUGAAUUAAUAGCUAAACGUUUUCCACCUGAUCGUUAUCCACAAGUAACAUUUAAACCUAUAAAUAAAAAAAUUAUUGUACGACAACGUCCACCAGAAUGUGUACCAAUACCUUCAUCAAUUGCUCAACUUUAUUUACCAGAUGGAAUACCAAUUGAAGUUCUUGUUACAAGUGUUGUUUCAUGUAAUCAUAUAUUUGUUCAACAAAUAUUACAUCCAUCUUAUCCUGAACUUAGUCGUCUUGAUAAUUCAAUGUCAGUAUUUUAUCAUCAUACAGAAAUGACACCACUUUUACCUCGACCUAUUCAACCUGGUAUUAUAUGUGCAGCACCAACACAAGCUGGUUGGUUUCGAGCAUUGAUUACAGUCUAUAACAGUAAUCAUGAUAUGGCUAUGAUUAAAUUUCUUGAUUAUGGAGGUUAUCUUUAUGUACAUGCGAAUUCUUUACGUGUUCUCAGGCAAGAUUUUAUGAUUAUUCCAUUUCAAGCAGUUGAAGUUUAUCUUGAUAAUGUUGUAACAGCAGAUAUAGAUGUUAGAAUAUUUUCAAUUCAACAUAUUAAUUAG